AUGUUUGAAAGAGCGAACAGAAACGUAUGGAGACGCACCGUGCCAUUGUGCCAUCAAACCUGUAAAUUAGAUGAUGACGGGAUCAAUUUCUACGAAUCGCUUUUCCUAUUUGAAUUUCGGGGAAGCUCAUGCGGAUUUUAUCGGUCAGGACUCACUGCCCAUCAUCAACCUAGCAAUAUCCCAAUGAGGUUGUCUUUGCGGGCAUUGCAAACAGGAGCUAAAAAUGCAGGUAAUACAGCGCCCGUCUCGCCUCAUGCGCUUUUGUACAGGCGGUGGGGCAAAUUGACAAUGAAAUCCGUAGCUCUGUGUGUGGGCACGUACUAUAGCUUAUAUUGGUUAUGGGAGCUGUUAGAGAGGGGUGAAAGGAAGAGAGAGAAAACAUUCACAGGGCAUAGGUCAUGA